AUGUCUUGCGUAAACAUACCUCCAUCGACCACCGCUCCGCGUUGUCAUCGUCCGAGCAGCGUGAGACGAUCGACACGAGGAGCGGCGGUGCGAGCGAAUCUUUUCCCACGAAGCAGAGAUACUCAACAACAACAGCAACAACAUAAAGCGCCGUCGUCGUUGUCUUUGCGUCUUACAACGAAUGAUAGAAACAAAAAGCUGAACUCUUUGAGAACGUUCAGAGUACAAAGUGAAGGAGACGAUGGAGAAAACAACGUCGUAGAAGAAGAAGGAAAAGGGCAAGAGGAGACUGAGGAAGGCGAAAUCGACUUUAGCGCCCCCAUGGUGAAGUUUCCAAGAAGGAACGAAAAAGACCCGUACAAACGAUUAGGUUUAACGGCAGACUCCUCGUUCGAGGAAGUGCAAGAGGCGAGGAAUUUCUUAGUGAAAGAGUAUAUGAGAGAUGUGGAUGGAUGUGAACAAAUCGACCUCGCCAUGGACGCCAUUUUGAAAGAAAAGUUAAACACGAGGAAGAAAUCGAAAGGUUUGAAGAGAAAGAAUCUGAGACAGAAGAAAGAAGAGGAAGAUUACACGCCGCCAUUUGUUGAGCGCAUUAAGAACCAGUUUGAAAAGCCAGACAAGACGACGUUGAUGCGACGAGCGGUUUUGUAUUUCGGUAUUUCCAUCUGGUCUAUUGUGACUCCGGCUUCGCAAGGACCGGCGUUUCAACUCGCCUGCGCUUUUGCCGCGUGCGUCUUCUUUCUCAACGACAAAAGAGGCGGACAAAAGAACAAGGCGCUUGGAAAGUCCUUUCUACACACUUUUGCAGCUAUGCUCGUCGGUUGGUUGAUUGGUUCGAUCAUUCCGGUGUACAUUCCUCUCUUCCCAGAGUCGUUCUCGCCUGAGUUGAUUUUGAGUUUGUUCUCGUUCCUCACCUUAUUUGUCACGUGUACGUUCUUAAAGUAA